AAUGUUUAGGCAUAUGAACAGUGAUGAUGAUCUCUUCAAUUUGGAUCCAAAAUCUCCCUUCAACCCAAAACCUUCCGGAAUCAGAGCGAGAAAAUGGUGAUGGAUGCGACCAACCACGACGCCGUUAUCAAUUACACUACAAACUGGACUCUCGCGGGCGGUUCCCUCACAGACUCCGUCUCCUUCGAGUCAUCCUUCUCGACUACCACCGCAAACCACGAAUCCGACGACGGAAACGGAAUCAUCCCCGUGGCCAAGUCACCGCUGCUUCUGCUCCCUCCGGUUCCUAACGGAGAUCCUUGUGAAAUCACCAUUACGUUUGCACAAGAAUAUGAAGUAAGGCAAGUCUAUAUCCGAAGUAGUGCACGUGUAUACGAAGUUUAUUACAACAAAAAGAAGCGAGAUGAUAGAGAAUACCUCUGUACAGUUCGAUGUGGCGUUGCAGUGAGAGAAGAAGAAGAAGAAGAUGAAGAAGCUUCUAAGAAUGGAGUGGAACCGGGUGAGGAUGAUGAUCCGAUGGCGAAGAAGGUCAAAGCUAAUGGGAAAGGACAGACCAAGGAAGAUGACUGGGUUGAAGUGAAAUCAUAUCUCUCUAUACUACUUUUUAUGUAAAUAAUUGGUGUUAAUGGGGGAAAUGAUUUUCAGGAUCUUUAUGAAGCAACUGCAGAGAUCGAUGAUGCAGAGCCUUGUGUUUCCAUUACACUCCGUCUUCUCUCGCUUCAGGAUAAAAGAUGUGCGCUUGUUGAUGAAGUUUAUGUUUUUGCUGAUCCUGUUGAUCCGAGUGAGUCAGAGAAGGAAGAAACAGGUGAAACAGGAAACUCAUCCAGUAGUGCGUUUAUGGCUAUGUUUAUGCCCGCUCUCUUACAGAUGUCCCGAGGAAAAGAUGUCAGAAAAGAGCAUGACAGACAAGUUUUCGGACAGUCCAACAGCAGGAAUCCAGCUAGUUUAGGAGAUUCGAGUGGAUCAGAUAAGACUGUGAAUGAGAUUCAGCAGGAGCCAGAUUUCGCUAGCGCUGAUCAGAAAGGAGUGGACUUACCAGUUUUAGCCAAUACGCUUGCAAAGCAUGCUGAUGCAACACGAGUACCUGAAGCAGAAAUCAAACGUGAUGUAUCUUGCAGUAAUGUGGAAACUAUACUCCAUCAGCUUGUGAACAAGGUAAGCAGGUUAGAAACUAUCUUGACAAGUUUUGAAGAUCGGAUGUUGAAACCUAUCUGUAGUAUUGACGCAAGGCUCCAGCUAGUAGAGGAGAAACUUGAAGAGCUAGGCAAGAAGUCAUUUGAAUCUGAAUUGCUUGAUCAAACAAAAGUACCCAAUCUGGGCUCUCAGGGCAGUGAUACAGAUAAAACUUCUGAAACCGAUCAGUUGGAUGGAUUGAACAAAAACACAGAUAAUCCACAAUUGGCUUCUUGUGCUACAACAGUUGUUCCUGACUCCGCUAGUAUAGACAAGGGUGAAGAUUAUGCUGUUGUACAGCCGAAGAACAAACCGGAUGAUAUUCUUACAAAGUUCGUAGAACCGAGGAAUGAAAAUAACUCAAUCUCAGGAGAGGUGAUUUCUGCUGAAUCUGAGAUCAGUAAAGAGGAGGUUAGUCAUUCUCUUGGGGAAGGAUCUUUGGAAGAGAAUCCAAAACGUUCAGUGUCUAUAAAUGAUGCUUUGGCAUCUGCACUUACUGGAUUGUUGUCUUCAACUUCAAUCACGGACGGAAAAUUCAGCCAAGCCCUCGUAGUAAGAGCCCCUGAUUUUUCAGAUGAAGAUGACAUGGAGACGGAAGAGGAACCUCAGACUGAUUCCCAUCCAGACAAAAGCCAAGUUGCAGCAGAGGAGUUGGGAAACACAUCCUCUGCCUCGGAGAGCCCAACUUCUCCACGGAAAGAGCCUGGGAUUACUCUUUGUAAUGAAGAAGGUUCUCAGGAAAUGAUUAAUGAUGUUCCUGAAACACUGGGUGAUACUGUGGGAGGUUAUGCAGAUGGUGAGACUGUGGUUGGCGUCAGUGACUAUGGGUUAGAUGGAGAUGCAGUGACAUCAAGCGCAAAAGCUGAUCAUUAUUCAGAGAGCGAGAAAUAUAGUUAUGAGCGCAGGAAUCCCGAUUCCUUGGAUCACGAGCUCGCGAGUUCAAAUGUAACUACUAAAGAAUCUGAAGAAGAACCUGAAACGGGUGAUGUUUUGAAGAGUGUUCUCGGUUUUCAACCUAAUACCUCUUCGGUCGACUUCCUAGCUCCUGUUCUGGAUGUGAAGUUUAAUUCAGAGAGAAAAGUCUCAGACAGCAUGUGUCUCUUUGAGUCACUCUUCACGGAAGGAUCUAAGACUGUUGUAGUAGACUGCGACAACGGAGGUUUUGGUGAUGAUAACUUGGUUUCAGUGGAAGAUGGAGAAGAACUAAAAGGCCCACCAACAGAUACCCUUUCGUCUCUGGAGAUGGAUUACUAUGAGACGAACGAGAUGUAUCUACAGUUGAAUGCUGAGAUAUCAACAGCAAGUCUGAUAUGAAAGGAACAUUUGAAUUCGGCAUCCAAGUUUUUAUAAGUUUGCAUCUAUCACUCCGCAGAAUCUACAAGUGUAGGUUGUGAAUGUUGGAAAGAAACAGUCUUACUUUGGGAUUUUGGAACUGGAAAGUAGAGAAACUUUUUUUUGUUUUGCAAUCUUUGUAAAGAUCUUAAUGAAGC